GGCCUUGGAGUAGCUAUAACUCCUAAGCCCUACGACGAUUUCGAGCAGUCACCUUACGCUGGACUUCCAUCAUCAUCAAUCGAUGCAGCAUGGCACUAUCUACUCGAGCCAACAACCAUACGAGUAACUCCUGGAGAGCUGAAUCGGAGCAAUCAGACCUCGGUCCCACUCCCAGGAGGAGGCAAUUUAGACCAUUGUCUGGAUAUUUUGAGGAGUGCCGCCUUGUGCCAUGGCGACACUACUCUCACUACAUUUGGUUGGACAAACAAGUCAAAGCCUCAACUGAAUACACGUCCCAUAAAUCAUAAGUGCGUGGACUGGAAGCAACUUGUUGUGUCCGUGGAGGAUCGGGUGGUUCAACGGGAAGAAAUGGAAGCGAUGGUCAAUCCAAACUUGCAGUAA